GCUCCGCGCCGCCCUAUAAGAAGGCAGUGCGGGGCGGGGGCGCCCGGUAGCGGCAGCGGGGCCGGCGUCGGGGCCGGGAGCGGAGCCGGAGGGGAUCGCGGAGCGGGCGGCGGCUCCCCUCGGGACCGACGGCGGCUGCGGGCCGGGGAGCUUAUCCUGAGCGAGGCGACUCUGACUUGGCAGCGCUCACGGAGGGUGGCUCACCUUACUGCUGCCUCUCCCAGCCCCGUUAAUGCCUGGCCACAACAUCCGUACUGUGUACUGCUGCUGCUACACAAAGAAAGGGAGCUUCUAGGCUUUGCUGGAGGAAGAUGGCUUUCUGGACGCAGCUGGGAUUGCUGCUAUGGAAAAACUUUACCUACAGAAGAAGACAGACUUUCCAGCUGCUGAUCGAAGUUGCCUGGCCUCUGUUUAUCUUCUUCAUCCUGAUCUCUGUAAGACUUUCAUAUCCGCCCUAUGAGCAGCAUGAAUGUCACUUUCCAAAUAAAGCUAUGCCUUCAGCAGGAACCUUGCCGUGGAUACAGGGAAUCAUCUGCAAUGCCAACAACCCAUGUUUCCGCUACCCAACUCCUGGGGAAUCCCCUGGUAUUGUUGGAAACUUCAAUGCCUCCAUUGUUUCCCGCCUGUUCUCGGAUGCCAGGAGAUUACUGUUGUACAGCCAACAGGAUACGAGUAUAAAGGAUGUCCAGAAGGUCCUGGGAAAACUACGCAAAUUGGGAAAUUCCUCUGGCUUAGACUUCAAACUUCGGGAUUUCCUGACUGACAAUGAAACAUUCUCUGACUUCCUCCAUCAUAAUGUGUCCAUGCCAUCAUCUGCAGUAGAGGAGCUACUGGAUGCAGGGGUAAAUCUCCAGCAGGUCCUUGUGUCUGGUUAUCGAAUGCGCCUGCGAAAUCUCUGCAAUAGCUCGACAUCUUCUGAAUUUCUCACGAUCCAAAAUCAGACAGCAGCCUUCAUUUGCAUCUUGUCAAAGGAAAAACUCCAUGCAGCUGAGCAAGCCUUCCGUGCUAACCUGAAUCCUUUGAAGCCUCUUCAGAGACAACUUUCUUUCAAUUCUUCCUUGUGGGAUCUGUCAGAAACUGUGGAAGUUUUGAGAGAGAGCUUUGGGAAGCUUGUUAAAGAGCUGCUGAGUAUGAAGAGCUGGAGUGACAUGAGGCAAGAGGUGAUGUUCCUGACCAAUGUGAAUGCCUCAAACUCCUCUACGCAGAUCUAUCAGGCUGUGUCACGCAUCGUGUGCGGCCAUCCUGAAGGUGGAGGGCUCAAAAUUAAAUCCCUCAACUGGUAUGAGGAUAACAAUUACAAAGCACUGUUUGGAGGGAACAGCACUGAAGAUGAUGUGAUUAACUUCUAUGAUAACUCCACAACACCCUACUGCAAUGAGCUCAUGAAGAACCUGGAGUCUAGCCCGCUUUCCAGGAUUAUCUGGAGGGCAUUGAAACCCUUGCUCAUUGGGAAGAUCUUGUACACUCCAGAUACACCAGCUGUAAGGAAGGUCAUGUCUGAGGUGAACAGGACAUUCCAGGAGCUGGGUGUGUUUCGUGACCUCGGGGGAAUGUGGGAGGAGAUAAGCCCAAAAAUUUGGACAUUUAUGGAAAGUAGUCAGGAAAUGGAUCUCAUUCGGACGUUGCUGAAAGGCAAAGCCCUCUGGGACCUGCACUUGCCGGCUUCCAACUGGACAGUGGAGGAUGUUGCCCGUUUCCUGUCAAACAGCCCAGAGGAAUUUGAGACAGAAAAUGCCUCUGUGUACACCUGGGUGGAUGCCUUCAAUGAGACAGACCGGGCUAUCCAAACCAUCUCCCGCUUCAUGGAGUGUGUCAACUUGGACAAACUGGAGCCUGUGCCCACAGAAGUCCGGCUCAUUAACAAGUCCUUGGAGCUUCUAGAUGAAAGGAGGUUCUGGGCUGGCAUAGUCUUCACUGAAAUAGCUCCUGACAGCACAGACCUUCCUCAACAUGUGAAAUACAAGAUACGCAUGGACAUUGAUAAUGUGGAAAGGACCAACAAGAUCAAGGAUGGGUACUGGGAUCCUGGUCCCCGUGCUGACCCCUUCGAGGACAUGCGCUAUGUCUGGGGAGGCUUUGUCUAUCUGCAGGAUGUGGUAGAGCAAGCCAUCAUCAGGGUUCAGACAGGCACGGAGAAGAAGACAGGAGUUUAUGUGCAGCAGAUGCCCUACCCAUGUUACGUGGAUGACAUAUUUCUGCGUGUCAUGAGCCGCUCCAUGCCUCUCUUCAUGACACUAGCUUGGAUCUACUCAGUGGCUGUGAUAAUUAAGGGCAUUGUGUAUGAGAAGGAAGCCCGGCUGAAAGAAACUAUGAGGAUUAUGGGACUUGACAAUGGCAUCCUUUGGUUAAGCUGGUUCAUUAGCAGCCUUGUCCCUCUCCUGAUGAGUGCAGGACUGCUGGUGCUGAUCCUGAAGAUGGGGAAUCUGCUACCUUACAGCGAUCCUAGCGUGGUGUUCAUUUUCCUCACAAUCUUCGGUGUUGUGACUAUCCUCCAGUGCUUUCUCAUUAGCACUGUGUUCUCCAGGGCCAACCUGGCAGCUGCCUGUGGGGGCAUUGUCUACUUCACACUGUACCUGCCUUAUGUGCUGUGUGUUGCCUGGCAGGACCACAUCAGCUUCUCACUCAAGAUUUUUGCGAGCCUGCUGUCUCCAGUAGCCUUUGGUUUUGGUUGCGAGUACUUUGCACUGUUUGAGGAGCAGGGAGUUGGUGUUCAGUGGGACAACUUCUUUGAGAGCCCAUUGGAAGAAGAUGGCUUUAGCAUCACCACAUCAGCUGUCAUGAUGCUGUUUGAUACCUUCCUGUAUGGAGUCAUGACCUGGUACAUUGAAUCUGUCUUCCCAGGCCAGUAUGGGAUUCCCAGACCCUGGUAUUUUCCGUUCACAAAGUCCUAUUGGUUUGGAGAGGAGCCACAGGACAGGCAGCACCGCCAUCCCGACCAGAAGGGAUCUUCAGAAGUCUGCAAAGAAGAAGAGCCAGUGCAUCUGAGUCUUGGUGUUUCCAUCCAGAACCUGGUCAAGGUUUACCGUGAUGGCAAGAAAGUUGCUGUAGAUGGUCUCACACUUAACUUCUAUGAAGGACAGAUCACCUCCUUUCUGGGACAUAAUGGAGCAGGGAAAACCACUACCAUGUCCAUUUUGACUGGCUUGUUCCCCCCAACCUCAGGUACAGCCUUCAUCCUGGGCAAAGAUAUCCGCUCUGAGCUUAGCACCAUCAGGCAGAACCUGGGUGUAUGUCCACAACACAAUGUGCUGUUUGACUUGCUGACUGUGGAGGAACACAUCUGGUUCUAUGCUCGGCUCAAAGGGCUGCCAGAGAAGAAGGUGAAAGAAGAGAUGGAGCAGAUGGCAACAGAUGUUGGUUUGCCUCACAAACUGAAAGCUAGGACAAGCAGGCUCUCUGGUGGCAUGCAGAGGAAGCUCUCAGUUGCCUUAGCAUUUGUCGGUGGCUCCAAGGUUGUCAUUCUGGAUGAGCCUACAGCUGGGGUAGAUCCUUAUUCUCGCAGAGGAAUAUGGGAACUGCUUCUGAAGUAUCGGCAAGGUCGCACUAUCAUUCUCUCCACACACCACAUGGAUGAGGCAGACAUUCUGGGGGACCGGAUUGCCAUCAUUUCUCAUGGCAAGCUCUGCUGUGUUGGCUCUUCUCUCUUCCUGAAGAACCAGCUGGGAACAGGUUAUUAUUUGACCCUGGUCAAAAAGGAUGUGGAUUCCUCUCUGAGCUCCUGCCGAAACAGCAGCAGCACAGUUUCCUAUCUGAAAAAGGAUGACAGUGUCUCCCAGAGCAGCUCUGAUGCUGGCCUUGGCAGUGACCAUGAAAGUGACACACUGACAAUAGAUGUCUCUGCAAUUUCAAAUCUCAUUACAAAACAUGUUCCUGAGGCAAGACUGGUGGAGGACAUAGGUCAUGAAUUAACUUAUGUCUUGCCAUACAAAGCUGCUAAAGAGGGAGCUUUUGUGGAGCUGUUCCAUGAAAUUGAUGACCGUCUUUCUGAUCUUGGGAUUUCCAGCUAUGGCAUCUCUGAAACUACUCUGGAGGAGAUCUUCCUGAAAGUGGCUGAUGAUAGUGGUGUGGAUGCAGAAACCUCAGAUGGUACAUUGCCAGCCAGAAGGAACAGACGUGUGUUUGGAGACAGACAGAGCUGCCUUCGUCCGUUUACAGAAGAUGAUGCAUUUGAUCCUAAUGACUCAGACAUAGAUCCAGCAGAAUCCAGAGAGACAGACCUUCUCAGUGGCAUGGAUGGGAAAGGCUCCUACCAGAUGAAAGGCUGGAAGCUCACUCAGCAGCAGUUCAUGGCUCUGUUGUGGAAGAGGAUGCUCAUUGCCAAGAGAAGCCGGAAGGGCUUCUUUGCCCAGAUUGUGCUGCCAGCUGUCUUUGUGUGUAUUGCUCUCAUGUUCAGCCUGAUUGUUCCUCCUUUUGGGAAAUAUCCCAGCCUGGAAUUACAACCCUGGAUGUAUGAUGAGCAGUACACUUUUAUUAGCAACGAUGCUCCAGAAGAUGCAGGCACUCACAAGCUUUUGGAUGCCCUUCUUGAUAAGCCGGGAUUUGGGACACGCUGUAUGCAGGGACAUUCCAUCCCAGACACUCCUUGCACUGUGGGGCAGAAGGAAUGGGCCACAGCUUCAGUUCCAGAGUCAGUCCUGGACAUCUUCCUGAAAGGCAACUGGAGCAUGGAGAAUCCUUCCCCAUCUUGUGAGUGCAGCAGUGAGAAGAUCAAGAAGAUGCUGCCUGUGUGCCCCCCUGGUGCAGGGGGCCUGCCACCCCCACAGCGUGAGCAAGACACAGCUGACAUCCUCCAGAAUCUGACAGGCCGCAAUAUAUCAGACUACCUGGUGAAGACCUAUGCGCAAAUCAUUGGGAAAAGCUUAAAGAAUAAAAUCUGGGUGAAUGAGUUCAGAUAUGGUGGCUUUUCCUUGGGAGCCAGCAGUUCCCUCAUGCUUCCUCCAAGCCAUGAAGUCACUGAUGCCAUUAAACAGGUGAAGAAAAUUUUGGAACUGGCACAGGGAAGUUCUGGGGAUCGGUUUCUCAACAGCUUAUCAAGUUUCAUGAAAGGCCUGGAUACGAAGAACAAUGUGAAGGUGUGGUUUAACAACAAGGGCUGGCAUGCCAUUGCAUCCUUCCUAAAUGUGAUCAACAAUGCCAUCCUUCGGGCCAACCUCCAGCAGGGUGAAAACCCCAGUGCUUAUGGAAUCACUGCCUUCAAUCACCCACUCAAUCUCACCAAGCAGCAGCUCUCUGAAGUAGCUCUGAUGACCACCUCUGUGGAUGUCCUUGUGUCCAUCUGUGUGAUCUUUGCCAUGUCCUUUGUUCCUGCCAGCUUUGUGGUUUUCCUUAUUCAGGAACGUGUCAGCAAGGCUAAACACUUGCAGUUCAUCAGUGGUGUGAAGCCUGUGAUCUAUUGGGUGGCCAACUUUGUGUGGGAUAUGUGCAACUACAUUGUUCCAGCCACACUAGUUGUCAUCAUCUUCAUCUGUUUCCAACAGAAGUCCUAUGUAUCCUCCUCCAACUUGCCUGUGCUGGCUCUCCUUCUGUUUCUCUAUGGAUGGUCCAUCACCCCUCUCAUGUAUCCGGCCUCCUUUGUGUUCAAAAUCCCUAGCACGGCGUAUGUUGUGCUGACCAGUGUGAAUCUCUUCAUUGGCAUCAACGGAAGUGUGGCCACCUUUGUCCUGGAGCUCUUCACCAACAAUAAGCUGAAGGACAUCAAUGACAUCCUGAAGUCUGUCUUUCUCAUCUUCCCCCACUUCUGCCUGGGCCGGGGACUCAUUGACAUGGUGAAAAACCAGGCUAUGGCUGAUGCUUUGGAGAGAUUUGGAGAAAAUCGUUUUGUGUCCCCUCUGUCAUGGGACUUGGUGGGAAGGAACCUCUUUGCCAUGGCAGUAGAAGGUGUUGUGUUUUUCCUCAUUACAGUGCUCAUCCAGUACAGGUUCUUCAUCAAACCCAGGCCUGUCUAUGCCAAGCUGCCUCCUGUGAAUGAUGAAGAUGAGGAUGUAACCAGAGAGAGGCAGAGGAUAAUUAGUGGAGGAGGACAGAGUGAUAUUUUGGAAAUCAAGGAGCUAACCAAGAUUUACAGAAUGAAGAGAAAGCCAGCAGUUGACAGGAUCUGUGUUGGAAUCCCCCCUGGAGAGUGCUUUGGACUCCUGGGAGUAAAUGGUGCUGGCAAGUCAUCCACUUUUAAGAUGUUAACUGGCGAUACAGAUGUGACGGGAGGAGAAGCUUUCCUCAAAGGAAACAGUAUCUUGUCCAACAUCCAAGAAGUCCAUCAGAACAUGGGCUACUGCCCACAGUUCGAUGCUGUUAAUGAACUGCUAACAGGGCGAGAGCACUUGGAGUUCUUUGCACUCCUGAGAGGUGUUCCAGAGAAAGAAGUCUGCAAGGUUGGCGAGUGGGCAAUUCGGAAAUUGGGCCUCGUGAAAUAUGGAGAAAAAUACGCUGGGAAUUACAGUGGAGGGAACAGACGCAAGCUUUCCACAGCCAUUGCCCUCAUUGGAGGGCCGCCUGUGGUGUUCCUGGAUGAGCCAACAACAGGAAUGGAUCCCAAAGCACGUCGCUUCUUGUGGAACUGUGCUCUGAGUGUAAUCAAGGAGGGGAGAUCAGUGGUGCUAACAUCUCACAGCAUGGAAGAAUGCGAAGCCCUGUGCACUCGAAUGGCGAUAAUGGUCAAUGGGCGGUUCAGGUGUCUGGGCAGUGUCCAGCACCUAAAGAACAGGUUUGGAGAUGGCUACACCAUAGUGGUGAGAAUUGCGGGAGCAAACCCAGACCUGAAGCCUGUUGAGGAGUUCUUUGGGCAUGCCUUCCCUGGAAGUGUCCUAAAGGAAAAACAUCGGAAUAUGCUGCAGUACCAACUUCCCUCUUCACCAUCCUCCCUGGCCAAAAUAUUCAGUAUUCUCUCCCAGAACAAAAAGAGACUCCACAUAGAAGACUACUCCGUUUCUCAGACCACACUUGACCAAGUUUUUGUAAAUUUUGCUAAGGACCAAAGUGACGACGACCAUUCUAAGGACCUGUCAUUGCACAAAAACCAGACUGUGGUAGACAUUGCAAUCCUUAACUCCUUCCUGCAAGAUGAGAAGGUAAAAGAAAGUUGUGUGUGAGCCAAAUUCAUCAAAGAAAUGAUGAGCAGAAUGCAAACUUCCUUUUCCUGGGAUAGCAUAUUCCCAAAGAAGCCAGAGGAAAAGCAACUGGACACUCUACUGAUAACCAUUCAAUGCAAUGCAAUUCAAUGCAAUGAAAACAAUUCCUUUACAGGGGCAGUGCCUCAUGGAGUCGUCUUGUACUGUUCUCCAGUGAAAGACUUGAAUUUAGCUCAUUACAGUAUAACUCUGAAGCUGUGGUAAAGCACCCACUAGAUGCUG